GGCUCUUAUUGUGAAGGGCGGCCUCCUGCCCGCCGUCUUCAGCCAGCUUGACGCAGCGCAGCGCCAAACGGAUCCUCGGCGGAUCAAUUCGGAGCUUCGGCGGUUGAUCGGGAUUAUGCGGCGCCGCUGAUCGCUGUAUCGGCUGAACUCAGCAUCUCGUCCAGUCCAGCAGCUCCAGACGUUAGUCUUCACCAGCCUGAAUGCAGUCUGUCCGCGGCCCGGACUAGUUCCUGGUGCUCUUCACCUCCUCCUCUCCCUCCCCCCCUCUCUCCUGCCCCCUCCCUCCAUCCUCACCCUCCGUCCUCCCUCCUCCUCGACUCCUCACGCUUCAGCGAUUAGCCUAGACCGGCUGCUGCCCCCUACAGGUGGAUGAAUGAAGACCCCAUUCAAGAGCCCAGCGGCCCCCCGGCCCAGAGCGGACGGAGGACAUUCGGGAGUUUCUGCAAACAUGAUGAAGAAAAAGAACUCGCACAAGAAACCGAGGACCAGCGUUGGUCCCAGUAAGACUCUGGCUCAGCCCAGAAGGAACAUCGUGGGCUGCAGGAUCCAGCACAUCUGGAAGGAGGGCAGUAAAUCCUCUCAGUGGAAGGGGACGGUGUUGGACCAGGUUCCUGUCAAUCCAUCGCUCUACCUGAUCAAGUAUGACGGCUUCGACUGCAUCUACGGUCUGGAGCUGUACAGCGACGAGCGAGUGGUCGGCCUGGAGGUUCUGCCCGACCGAGUGGCUCCGGCCCGUGUGAGCGACUCUCUGCUGGCCGAGACGAUGAUCGGUAAAGCCGUGGAGCACAUGUUCGAGACGGAGGACGGACCCAAGGAGGAGUGGAGGGGGAUGGUUCUGGCCCGAGCUCCCAUCAUGACGUCCUGGUUCUACAUCACCUACGAGAAGGACCCGGUUCUCUACAUGUACCAGCUGCUGGACGACUACAAAGAGGGAGACCUGCGCAUCAUGCCCGAUUCCAACGACAGCGUGGCGGCGGAGCGAGAACCCGGUGAGGUGGUGGACAGUCUGGUGGGGAAGCAGGUGGAGUACGCCAAAGAGGACGGCGGGAAGCGUUCGGGGAUGGUGAUCCACCAGGUGGAGGCCAAACCCUCCGUCUACUUCAUCAAGUUCGACGACGACUUCCACAUCUAUGUGUACGACCUGGUCAAGACCUCCUAAAACCAGAAAUAGACUCUCGAGAACAUCCACCAGAACCCGUCCUGAGAAGAAGAACCGCCGCCUGGUUCCAGAGACAGAACAGACCAACCAGUUCUUUACUUUGAUGACUCGCCUUAAACAGGGACGGAACCUUCAGAGCAGCUCCACUCAUCCAUCACUCCUCGUUUCGUUCUUUUAGGAUCCUUCCUCCCGUCGGCUCAAACUCGGUUCCACAUUUUGGAACUUCUGUGAUAAAAUAUAAAAAGCCUGAGUCUGAGAACUCGACUUUCCUGAGAACCUGCAGACGGAGGUUUUCCACCCAGAAGAAACUCCUCUGUUUCCUGAAACCCCAGCGGAGCUUCGUUACCUGAGGAAAAGGGAGUGGAGCCUGUGGGGUUAAUGAAGGGACGAAUCAGCGGCCUCCAGCUGCACCAGGUGGAUCACAGAGCAUUUCCUGGCCACGCCCCCCAGAGGUCACCUGAUGGCGAACAGAGACGCUGAAGGAAAACCAGAGGACUGAACUCUUUCCGUUCUUUUGUCUUUUCUUGUGAGUUUUUCUGUCAUUGGUGUUUUUCUGCAUUAGAACAUCCUGAUGGUCCAUUAGCGUCCUGACGGUCUGUUAGCAUCCUGACGGUCUGUUAGCCUCCUGACGGGCUGUUAGCGUCCUGACGGUCCGUUAGCAUCGCUACAAACCGCUGCUGCUCCAGAUUCCACCUAUUUAUCGUUUAGAAUCAGAACAUCUAGUGCGUUCUGACUCACUGUAGAGCAUCUGUUAGCUCAUCUGAGGACGUUUCCAGUGUUCAUUAAGGUGAUAUUUAUAUUUUACAUUUCUGCAGCUGUGCUUCACUACAUGAUCGUUUAUCUGUUUGUAGCACAGUGGAUAAAAAUGUCCUGAAUCUGCCUCCAGCUGCUUUACAGUGUUAGAAACAAACCGACAUAUUUACCAAUGUAAUGUCAGAAUGCUGGUCGUCAGCUGUUCCGUUAAUCAUCGGCUAGUUUCAAUUUUGGUUUGAGUUCUUUUAAGGUUCUAAAUUCUGCAGCUUCUUACAUGUGAAUAUUUUCUGGUUUGUCCCGUUGGAACUUUUUAUUAGACCAAACAGAAAAAUAAUUAGUAGAGAAAAUAAUCAUCAGGUUGAAAUAAUGGUUUGUUAACUUCACGUUUUAUCUUCUAGAACAGAGAACGUUUAUCGUCUUCUGUGAAAUGUGUCGAAGCUCCUUAAUGAUUCUGUUAUUGAUCCGAUCAGAGGUUGAAUAAGUGUUGGUUCUGUGUUUUUAUAAUGUUCUCCUCCCUGCAGAGCUGACGGACUUCCUCUGCGCUGUACAGUCACUUCCUGUCUAUAUGUUAAUAUCAGCUGAUAUUCUUUGUAUAUUCCGCUCCUUUGGUUCUGUGUGUUUAGAACCCAGUCGGCUGCAGAAGCUGCUGUGUAGAUGAUGUUCUCUGACUGCUGAGGAACCUUCAGCGUCCAUGGUCCCGAGUUCUCAGCCGACGUAGCUCCGCCCACCACGGCAGGUGACCUACAGGUGUUCAGUCUGUGGCCUGAAGGGAUUAAAGAUCCCAAACUAGACCUUUUAAAUGUUCCUUUUUUGGUUCCAACCGACAGAUUUGAAUUCUGGCUAGAAUCUAGAACAUUCCCGGUUAAAGGACCUUUGUGUUCUAGAAUCAGGAUCCGACAUCGAUCUAUUUCCUGUUACUUAAAUCUGUUUAAACCAGAACGUUCUGGUUCUAGAACACGGACAGGUUUGGCAUUUUGUCCUUUAGCACCUUCAUCACUGUUCUAGAAUCUGUGGAACGUGUCCCAUCUAGCUGUGUUCUGACGGUUCUGGAUCUGUGAUUUCUAAUUCUAGAACAGAUUCUAGUCCUGGGAUUUCGGUGUUGAUUGUUUUACCACAUUCCGUUUGGUCGUAGAACCGACGGUUUUACAGAUUUUAAUUUCUAAAGUGCGCCGCUUCAAAAUCCAGAACAUGGAGGCGAGAAUAUUCUAGAAUAUUUUGGAACCUGACGUGCUCUGGCUCGAGAACAAAUGACGUACAUUAAAAAAACAUCCUCUGUUCUAGAAUCAUGUGCUGCAUUUUAACGUUCUGGUUCUAGAACACGGUCGUUUGGAGUUCAUGUUCUCAUUAGUUCCAGAUAAUCGUCCCGUUAACACGUUCUAGAAAAGGAACAUUCUGAUUCGCCUGUUCUGCAGUUCUAAGGUCUGUCGUUUGAUGCAGAACCAGUCGAUCGUUCUGACUCUAGAACCUAGAACACUUUAAUCAGAUCUGAGUCGCUCAUUCCGGUUCUAGAUUCAAUUAUAAACCAGCGAUUCUAGAAUUUGUCGCUUGAAGUCGUGGAACGUUUCCCGUCACACUGUCGGGUUUGAUGUUCUAAAUACGAGAACGUUGUUUAAUCUAGAACACGCAAGAACAAACGCGCUGGUUCUCGAACACGCCUGUUCCUGGUUGGAUGCUCAAGGCUGAGGAAUUCUGGGAUGUGGAGGCUGCAGUGAGUCCUGAUGUGUGUGUGUGUGUGUGUGUGUGUGUGUGUGUGUGUGUGUGUGUGUGUGUGUGUGUGCGUGUGCGUGUGUGUGUGUGUGAGAGAGAGAGAGAGAGCGUGUUGCGUGUGCGUGUUGUUAGCAUGCAUAUUUAGCUCCUGUAAAUCGAUGUCAUGCAUGUUUCCUGUAGUUUUUCUUCCAUUGUUCGGCUGAUUCUCUGUCGUGGCUUCGGUGCCUUCGGGUUUUUAUUCAGUUUUUUAUGUUUUAUUUCGUACCGUGUUCCAGACGAAGCUAGCUUCUGGGAUUAUUGUUUAAAAGAAUAAAAGAAGAAGAACCUCCGGCUAACAGGCUAACAGGGCUAUCUGAUGGUUACCUGAUGGUUACCUGAUGGUUGUCUGAUGGUUACCUGAUGGUUCCCUGAUGGUUCCUGUUCGCGGAGGAUCGUCCCUUUACAGAGUGCCAACUACAGAUGCCAGUGUUGUACAGCCGUGAAAAGCUCACAAUAUUUACUAAAAUAAACCAUUUCUCUGUUUUUUCA